AUGGGGAAUAGUACAUUGCUAUUCCUCUUCCUAUACAUAACAAUCAUUCAAGUUGCCUCGUCGCAAGAAGUGGAACGUAGGAAGACGUUUUCGUAUCAAAGAAGGCAGAACUCACCGACAGUCACUAAUGAUCAGUUGACGAAUGCUCUGAAAGGUGCAAAUCUCACAAAGCUGGCCGCUCUGUUUGAGCAAAAUCCAACUGUAGUUCAACAAAUCAAUGCUACACCCGGUAGUAAGACUUUAUUGGCUCCGAUCGAUUCUGCUUUACCUUUUCAAUCUUGGGCAAACGUUCCGGAAGCAUUGCUUUAUCACGUUUUGAACGGAAGUGUACCUGUCGAUAGACUAGAACGUCUUCCUAUGCAUACCGUUUUGCACUCAGCUUUGACUUUGCAAGAUGUUGCAAACCUUCCGGGAGGCAAUGGACAGGCAGUAGCAAUGAGCACAGGCACACAAGGCUAUCCGGAAUUGAGCGAUUAUAGCCCUGUGGUAAACGAAGCUCAAAAUACAGAUUCAUUCUUGGAAACGAACGGCAAAGAGGAAAGCUUCACUGCGGGUUCCCUUACCAUCUUACCGAUCAAUCAUUAUUUGACCGUACCUGGCAAUCUCAGCUUCACAGUUGGGAAAAUUGUAAACAGUGAAAGAUUUGCUACACUGCUUUCUUCCUUGCCGAACAACGUCAAUGAUGCUCGUGGUUUGACUGUCUUUGUUCCGAGCGCAGAUGCUAUUCAGAGCUUUCUAUCACAGCAUUCUGGACUUUCGCAACAAACUUUGCAGGCCAUUGCUCAGAAUCAUGUAAUCAUCAAUCGUGCUGCUUAUUCACCUCUUCUUAUAUCUCAAGGCAGCUUGAUCACCGCUGGCGGACAAGAUUUGCACGUUCAACAAAGGAAUGGUACAAACGAAACGUAUACUUUGCAUGUCAGUGUCGGGAAUGCGACUGCACAGAUCACACAAACAGACGUCAUGUACAAGAAUGGAGUCGCCCAUGUGAUCGAUUCAGUCUUGUUUGACACAACGGUAGACUACAGCAGGGCAAAUCAAGCAGCCGAAUCUGCCAAAGCAAGCGCCAAUUCUUACAUCUCAGGACCAAUCUCUGAUCAAAAUGCUGCUUCAAGUCAAGGAACAGAUGUUCCGCCUUCACCACCUGGAUCGAGUUUGCCAUUAGCUUCCAAUUCUACCGUCACAAAUACAUAUGAUGCAACAUCUGGUGGAACGAAUCCGGGAGCAAUUGCAGGUGCUAUCGGUGUUGGAAGUAUGGCUUCUGUAACCUCUUCUGCGCCUUCCCCUUCAGGCUCGACUAUUUCAAAACACAAUUCUGCUGCUUCUUCCGUACCGAUGCCACAAAUAUGGACAAUCCUUCUCACAAUAGCGAUGGCUGCUUCUCUGUAUGCCUAA